UUUGGUCAUAUUUUGCCGUAUUUCUAUAUUAUCUAUCAUUAUCAUGUGACUGAGAGACUCUGCACACUGCAAACACUGAGCACUCACUCAAUAGGACUAAAAACUUGGUUCUAUGGAGAAAAGAGCAUUUGUUUUUCCUUUCUUUCACAUAUCUUGUUCUUGUCUUUUUACUAUCUUCCUUUUUGCUACUUCUGCUUCGGGUAGCCUAGUUUUCAACUUCUAUGCAGCUUCAUGCCCCAUAGCAGAACUCAUUGUAAGAGACACUGUCAGUUCAUCCUCUUCUUCUGAUCCUUCAAUUCCUGGGAAGCUCCUUCGUUUGGUUUUUCAUGAUUGCUUCGUGGAGGGAUGUGAUGCUUCUUUGACGCUACAAGGGAAUAACACAGAACAAAGUGAUCCAGCAAAUAGGUCAGUUGGAGGAUUUUCAGUCAUAGAAUCAGCAAAAAGAGUCCUUGAGUUCCUUUGUCCUGGAGCAGUUUCAUGUGCUGACAUAAUUGCUUUGGCUGCUAGAGAUGCUGUUGAAAUUGUUGGUGGUCCUAUGAUUCAAAUUCCCACCGGGAGAAGAGAUGGAAUGGUUUCAAUUGCUUCAAAUGUGAGACCCAACAUUUUGGACACCAGUUUUACAAUGGAUGAGAUGAUUAACCGCUUCUCCAAUAAAGGGUUGUCCUUAUUUGACCUUGUCAUCCUUUCAGGGGCUCACACCAUAGGAACAUCUCAUUGCAGCUCAUUCAGGGAUAGGUUCCAAGAAGACUCAAAGGGAAAGCUCAGACUCAUUGACAAAAGCCUUGAUAGUAGCUAUGCUGAUGAGCUAACGAAAGAGUGUCCCACAAGUGCAAGCCCAAGUGUGCAAGUUAACAAUGAUCCCGAAACAUCCAUGGUCUUUGACAACCAGUACUACAGAAAUCUUCUCACCAACAAGGGUCUUUUCCAAUCUGAUUCUGCCUUGCUAAGUGAUAACAGAACAAGAAAAUUAGUGGAAGACUUGGCAAAUGAUCAAGAGUUUUUCUUUGAAAGUUGGGGCCAGUCUUUCUUGAAGCUCACUAGUGUUGGCGUCAAAACUGGUGAUGAGGGUGAAAUUAGACGUUCUUGUGCAUCAACUAAUGCAUAAAAAAGGGACUGCAACAAAGAAGGCUUUCUAAGUAUAAAAUAAAUGCCAGCUACAUAAUUCUUAUACAAAGUAAAAAGCACAAACUUUUGCAAACAACUUUAUGUGUUGAUCUAUCGCUUUCUCAAUUCUUUCUUGCCAUAUGAUGUGUAUUUCUUUUUUAUUGGUGUAGCAUAACAAAUAUUUAUAUUUUAGUGAAAUAAUGGCAAUUGAAUCUA